AGAAGCGGUGGAAGCCGAAACGGCGCCGAGAUGAGCCGCUCGGUAACGGUGGCGCGGCCGCCGGCUCCCUCCGGGGCCCGGUAUCGCAGGGCCAUGGCCCCCAACCGGGCCUUCGAUUUCCUCUACGAUCCAUUAUAUACACUAUCAAGUGAGAGAGACCAUGCACAGGCAACUAUCCAGGCGCAUCUAAUGCACGAUGAAAUGAGGAAAAUGCCAGAAUUUAAAGCCAUGUUUAGUAACCUGAUUCACUAUUCACCAUAUUCUGUGCAAUUGGAAGAAAAAAAUCCAGUUCCUCCAUUCAUUGACCGAAGGUGGAGAGGAAAGGCAGAGCGGCGUCUUGAGGCUUUUCAGAGGCUUGCCAUAUCUCAGCCUUCACUUCAGAUACCUAGAAUUGAGUAUGAAGAUCCUGAAGUUAGUGGAAGGAAUCGCUGGAAGUAUUUUGAAAGGCCUUUCAUCCCAUUUCACAAGCCGAUUCCACUGAAUAUUGUUUAUGCAGUGUCAAAGCCAGAUCCAUUCACUCAUCAAGCUCUACUAAGGGACAAACCAGCCUAUCUCAUUUCACGAACUGUGGGUACACAAACAGAUUACCGGGACGGUGAAGCUCAGACAGAUCCCUAUAGCCCAGAAUAUGUGGUCCCUUCAGGUUCAAUCCCUGAGUUACUGACUCUUGCCACACUGACUUGGGGUGAGUUGAACAAAGUAUUGAUGAUUAUAUGAGGCACAGGAAGCAUAAUGUUCCAUAUUAUUAGUGGUUCAGUCUUUUUCCCUUGUUCUGGCAGCAUUGCUAUGUGUUUGAAUUUUUAGGAAAAAAAUCUGAGUGCUCAGAUAUGUUCCCAGCAUUUGUGCUGGUUAUAAGUUCUUUAAAUAAUAGAGUUUCAGCAAUUCCAAACUCUCAAGUGCUAACCCUCAAGCUCAUUAUCCCAGAAGCUCAAACUCCAAACAUGCUAAGCACUCCAACAACCAAGAGGUACUUUAAUCAUCUAGAUUUUUAAACACACCCCACAGAUCUGCCCCUCUUCUACACAUUCCAGCCAAAUCCACUACCUCACACUCUCCACAGGAUCACCAUGCCAAACAAUCUUGGGGAGCAACAUACCUCAGUGGCCUUGAAAUCCUCUGCUAAGGCAUUAAUGCACACUGCCAGCAAGAACAAGUUCUGGCCUUGCAUCUACAAAAGAAAGUCCUAGUCCCAGUCCAACAUCCAGGCAGCAAACAUUCCUGUUGCUUUCUAAUCUUACUCUGCAUUCUAGAGAUACAAACAGAUUCCUGUUCAACACAGGGAAACUAAUGUGCAAAAGAAAAAAAUGGUGGAUUUUCAACAGUGGUGCCCUGUAUCGGCAGGAAAGAUGCAAGUCCUGUGUUCACAGCUUGUCCUACUUUCACCACCCCGGGGCUACUUAGUGAUAGAUUUGGCCUGAACGGCUUACCAUCUUUCUAUUUGAUUUUGCAUUUCUCUUUUGAACAACAACUUGUCACUGCUCAGGCUGUCUACUAAACAUACACGUCUUUUAUCUUUGUCCAGUCCCUAUGUUUCCUCAAAAACAUCUAGCCUGUAUAAACAGCCGCGUUUCAUUUUUCAGACACAACCACCUCCAUCAGCCUAUUCAAACUUGCCUAUUCAAACCUGCCCAUUUCUCUCAACUCCUGGGCAAACUUUCUCUGGAUCUUCUCUGAGUUCUCAGAUUUGUUUGGCUAAGUAACAUAAACAGUCACAAGGAAUAGAGCUUUUAAGCAUCACGUCUUCAUCAUUGAGUUUUUUAAAGUCUCCCCAGGGAAGAGCCAAGAAAAUCUACUACCUUGUUAUUGUUCUUCUCAAUCCAAUAUAACCUCUUGUGUUUGAGA